AUGUCGGCAAAGAAGAAGGAGCAGCUUCUGUCCUCAGCUAUGAAGAGAACUAGUGAAUGGAUUUCUUCUCAGGAGAUUCCUAGUGACAUCGCUGUUCAUGUCGGAGAAACUUCGUUUUCACUCCACAAGACUCAAAUUGUGUCAAAAUGUGGAUUUAUAAAGAAACUUGCUUCCGAGUCAAGCAACCUUAACGUUAUCAAGAUCCAUGAUUUUCCUGGAGGUGCAGGCGCAUUCGAGCUGACAAUCAAAUUCUGCUACGGAAUAAACUUCGAGAUGAACACAGAGAACAUUGCGAUGCUGCGAUGUGCAGCAGAGUAUCUAGAGAUGACAGAGGAACACUCUGUUACAAACCUUGUGGAGACAACAGAGGUUUACUUGAAAGAAGUGAUUUUCAAGAAUCUAUCGAAAUCUGUAAAAGUCCUGAAAAAAUCUGAGGACUUGUUGCCUAUAGCCGAGAGAGUGAAGCUCGUGACCCGGUGUGUAGAUUCAAUUGCUUAUGUAACUUGUCAGGAGAGCCAGAGGAAAGAGGAUACUGUUGUUGACUGGUGGGCUGAGGAUUUAGCUGUUCUAAGAAUUGAUAUGUUUCAACGUGUCUUGGUCGCUAUGAUGGCUAGAGGGUUUAAGCGACACGGGCUUGGUCCAGUGCUUAUGCUCUAUGCUCAAAAUGCUCUUAGAGGUUUGGAGGUUUUUGGGAAAGGGACGAGGAAGAAGAUGGGUGUGGAACAAGAACAUGAGAAAAGAGUGAUUCUUGAAACAAUUGUGAGUCUUCUUCCGAGGGAGAGAGACUCAGUUUCAGUGAGCUUUCUUUCGAUGCUUUUGAGAGCUGCCAUAUACUUGGAAACCACGGUAGCUUGUAGGUUUGAUUUGGAGAAGAGAAUGGGAUUACAGUUAAGACAAGCGGUGCUCGAUGAUCUCUUGUUUCCUUCUUACUCAUCCGACGGAGACAACACAAUGUUUGAUGUUGAUACUGUUCAACGCAUCCUCAUGAACUAUCUUGAGUUUGAAGUUGAAGGAAACUCUCUUGGUUUUGCUAGUGAUAUAUGUGAACUAAUGGAGACUUAUCUGGCUGAAAUCGCUUCUGACAGAAACAUAAACUUGGCGACAUUCAUCGGUUUAGCUGAAUGCAUUCCACAACAUUCUAGGGUUACUGAAGAUAGGAUGUAUCGAGCCAUAGACAUUUACUUAAAGGUGCAUCCGAAUAUAGGUGAAGUGGAGAAGAAGAAAAUUUGCAGCUUAAUGAACUGUCAAAAGCUGUCGGAAGAAGCUUGUGUUCACGCAACUCAAAACGAACGUCUCCCUGAACAAACCGUAGUUCAAGUUCUCUACCACAAGCAACAAAGUCUCCGCCGACUUUUAAGUGAUUCAGAUUCUCCAGCAGCAGCAACCGCAACCGGAUCAGAGAUUCUUGCUCUUCCUAAGGUAAGUUCAUAUAACAAUGAGCUCUCCAAAUUAAACCGUGAGAACCAAGGCUUGAAGCUUGAGUUGCUCCAAGUGAAAAGGAAGUUCAAGGAAUUGGAGAAGGAGAAAUCUUUUGAAGUUAUGAGUUGUUGGGAUUGUUCUCCGGUUUCAAAUGCUUCUUCGGUGGUUAAGCCUCCAUUGCCGAGAAAGUCAUUUAUAAGCUCUGUUUCUUGGAAACUCGGAAAGCUUAACCCUUUUGGCCUGACACAAGGACGGAUCAAAGCACCUAAAGGCCGAAGACACUCUAUCUCUUAG